AUGUCUCAUUAGUGUUUAGUAACAGAUCUCGCAAAGAUGUUUGCCAGAAGGAGAUCUUCUUUGUCGUGUUUAAAUAUCGCGCUUUUAACGUGCAGCCUACUCGUUAUCGGGCAAGUGUCGUCCAUGUCCAUUGAACGUCUGGGCAGACAAUAUCAACAACAAAAUGAUAAACAAUUAGAAUUUAGUGAAUUUAUGCUGCCCGAGGCAGAAAGUGAAGUGUUGCAAAAUGAUAUGGAAUUAGUGCCAGCCGUAGAUGGUAACAGUGAUAUGUACUUGUUUGUGCCAGCCGCUUCCAAUAGUCAAGAACAAAACUUACAAUCGUUAACGGAUCUCAAUGAAUCCGAAAAUUCUGGUAAUGUUGAGAGCAAUUCCGAUAUGUUGAUGUUGGAAAGUGAAGAUACACCAGCCAUGCAAAUUUUGGAAUUACCUGAAGAUGAGUUGGAAACUAAAAUUACUGAAGAUUUAGUGGACAACAAUCAAUUGGAGCAGGAAGCUCAAACUGGUGAAAAAGCUGAUGAACAAGUAUCAGACAGUAUGAUGAAUACCAUUGCUGAAGCUGUUCAAGAAAUUGAAAAUGAAAUUGAAACUGAAUUGGUAGGCAAUGAUGAAACUCCUAAAGAGGAAGAGCCAGUUGAGGUUGAAAAUGUUAAACAAGAAGAGCAAUUACCCAUGGAACAUAAAGAUACUGAGACAGAGAACACUGAUGUAGAGGAACAGGUUUCCGAAAUGGAAAAUAAAGCUGAAACUUUGGAUAAUGCUGAACAGGAAAUGAUUGGUGUUGUAAUGGAAGAAACCAAUGAUGCUCCUGCCGAAAGUCAACAAGAAACAGAAAAGGUCGAUGAAGCUGUGGAAAUGGACUUGCAAGCUGAUGAAUCAGAAUUGCAACCUGCUGUAGUUGAAAAAACUGAAGAAAUUCAAGAACCAAUGGCUGAGGAAGCUGAAAAUAAAAUUGAAGAAACUCAAUCUCACGAAGAAAUGGCUCCCGCUAUGGAAGAAGAAAAAGCUGAGGAAGAACCAGCUGUAGCUGAAUCUCAAAAUGAUGAAAACGAUCAAGUGAUUGCAGAAUCACAAACUAUGGAGGAAGUUAAACCUGUGGAAGAAAAUGUAGAACAAGUACAGGAAGAAACUUCCAUGGUAGCAGAAGAAGAGAAAGCUGAGGAGGAACAACAAGCUGAUGAUGAAGCUCAAGCACCAGCUGAGAUGGAAAUGCAAGCUUCUGAUAAAAUUUUAACUCCAGCCAUGGAAGAAGCUCAAGCUGCUGAAGAAACCCAAACUGGCGAAGAAACUCCUGCUGAAGAGGAAUCUCAAGCCGAGGAGGAAACUCCAGCUGUAGAAGAAAAUCAAGCUGAUGAUGAAACCCAAAUCGCUGAAGAAUCUCAAGUGGUAGAAGAAAUUCAACCUUUAGUUGAAGAGACUGAAACUAAACUAGAGGAAUCUCAAGCAGAAGAAGCUAAAGUUGUGGAUAUGCAAGCCGAUGAGACUCCAGCGGAAGAAAUUCAGGCUGAAGAAAAUCAAGCUGAUGAUGAAACACAAGACGUUGCUGUAGAGAAAACCGAAACUAUUAACGAUGAAACACAAUCUUCUCCCGAAGAAUCUCAAGCUGUAGAGGAGGAACAACAUGCUGAAGAGAUGCAACAAGAGCUAGAAGUCAUGCAAGCUGAAUCUUUAGAGGAAACUCAAGCUGCAGAUGAAACUCAAACUGUUGACGAAACUCCUGCUGCUGAGGAAGCCCAACUUACAGAAAACGUUCAACCUUCUGAAAAUUCUUUAGAUACUGAAGCUGUUCAUGAAGAACAACCUGCUGAAGAAACCCAAUCUGAUGAUGAAGUUCAUAAUGUUGAAACUUCCCCUAUUGCUGCAGAAACUUUAGUCGCUGAUGAAACUGACAAAAUGCAAGAAGAUCAAUUAACUUCUGAAUCCCAAAUUGUUGAAGAGUUCCAUAAUGCUGAAGAAGAAAUGAAACCAGUUGAAGAAACUCAAGUAGCUGACGAAGGACAAUUAAAUGAAGAAACUCGACCUGAAGAAGAAACACAACAAGUACAUGACGAUGAAGAAGUUCAACAAGUAGAAGAAACUCAGGCAGUAGAAGAAGCUCAAAACAUGGAAGAAGCUAAACCUAUGGAAGAAUCUCAAUCAAUGGAAGAAGCUCAACCUAUUGAGGAAGCUGAACCAAUGGAAGAAACUAAACCCAUUGAUGAUGCUGAAACUUUGAAGGAAACUGAAGAAGCUCAACCAAUGGAGGAAGCUCAACCUAUGGAAGAAGCUCAACCUAUGGAAGAAACUCAACUUAUGGAAGAAGCUCAACCUAUGGAAGAAACUCAACCUAUGGAAGAAGCUCAACUUAAUGAAGACACCUUGGCUGAUGAAGAAUCUCAACAAAAUGAAGAUGUGCAACCUGUAGAGGAAGCUCAACCUAUAGAAGAAACUCAAGCCAUUGAAGAAGCUCAAUCUGUUGAAGAAGCUCAACCUAUUGAAGAAUCUCAACCUAUUGAAGAAUCUCAACAUAUCGAAGAAGUUCAAUCUGAUGAAGAAACUCAAGCUGCUGAAGAAGUCGAACCUGUAGCAGAUGCUCAACCUAUGGAAGAAGUUAAGUCUGAAGAAGAAACUCAAGUUGUUGAAGAACCUCAAACAGUUGAAGUUGCAGAACAAGCUGAAGAUGUUCAAUCUGAUGAAGAAACUCAAAUGGUUGAAGAAUCUGAACCUGUAGAAGAAGUUCAACCUGUUGAAGAAGUUAAGUCUGAAGAAGAAACCCAAACUGUUGAAGAUGCUCAACCAGCUGAAAUAGCAGAACAAGCUGAAGAUGUUCAAGCCGAUGAAGAACCUCAAGCUGAGGAAGAAAUUCAAACUGUUGAGGAAACUCAAGCUGCAGAAGUAGCCCAACCUGUCGAAGAAACCCAAACCGUAGAAGAAGCUCAAACCGUUGAAGAAGUUCAAAGUCUUGAAGCUGAUGACUCCCAGUCCAAGCCUGUUGAAGCUCUAGCUGAUGCUGAACUUCCCGUUGAGGAAGAAAUUAAGCCCGCAGAAGAAAUUCAACAAGAUGAAUCAGAAGCUCAACCAGAAGCCGAAGAUGUAAAACCAGCUGAAACUAUGCAAACAGUUAUGGAAGAUGUAAAACCAGUCGAAGAAUCCCAAAUGCCUGUGGAAGAAACUCUAAGUGUUGAUGAAGUUGAACCCAUUGAAACUGCCGUUGAAAUGGAAGAAACUAAACCUGUGGAAGAUAUUCAAACCGAAACCGAAGAAGUUGCUAUGGUAGAACAAGAAACUGAACAAGCCGAAGCUAAACCCGAAGAAAUUUUAGCCGAUGAACUUCCAGCUGAGGAAACUAAAGAGCAAGAAGAAGAAAUUGAAGCCGCUGCUCAACCUGUAAUCUUAGCCGAUGAAGAUACUUUGCAAAAUGUUGAACCUGUCGAAGAAAUGCAUAAAGAACAACAACAAGAACCAAUUGCUGAAAUACAAAAAUCCUUAGAAGACAACAAGGAUAGUGAUAAUAUCUUAAAUGAUGAUACUAAUGAAAGUGAACCCCUCAAAGAAACCACUUCCAUGUUAACAACUAUUGUACAAGUACCCACUAAAGAAGAAUUGACACAACAACAACCAGAAAAGCACGAACAAGUACAAGUACAAGAACAACCAGCUGUGGUAGAAUUUGUUAGUUCAACAACUUUGAAACCAUUAAAUGUUUUGGAUAGUGUACUCAACUAUGUCAAUGCCUCCUUUAUGAAUCAAAUGAGCAAUGACAACAUCAAACAGGAAGUACAAAAAGAACCGGCCUUUAGUUCAAAACUAAGACGUUACGAUGGUGCUCAAGUCUGGCGUAUUGUAGUGCAAAACGAUAGAGAGAAACGAUUAGCCGAAGAAUUACAAACUAAAUAUGAUGGUCAAUUAUGGAAAGAGGUCAAACAAGAAGUUGACUACUUGUUGAAGCCACAAGUGUUGGCCGAUGCUGAACGUCAUGUUAGAGCCGCCAACUUAUCGCGCAUUGUACUUAUUGAUAAUUUACAGAAAGUCAUUGAGGUAGAAAAUCCACUGGCUGAAACAAUUUCACAAUUGCAAAAUAGAAAGGGACAUCGUUUGACCUGGCAAGCAUAUCAUCGUUUGGAGGACAUACAUGGUUUUUUCCAUUUCAUGGCUAAAACCUAUCCCGAUAUCUGCUCGGUAGAAACUAUUGGUUAUUCGAUUGAAAAGAGACCUUUGACGAUUUUAAAGAUCUCUAAUGGUAAUGCUAACAAUCCCGGUAUUUGGAUCGAUGGUGGUAUGCAUGCCAGAGAAUGGAUCAGUCCUGCUGUAGUCACCUAUAUCGCCAAUCGAAUUGUUGAAGGUUGGGAUGAAAUACCCGCUUAUAUGCGUAAUAUUAAUUGGUAUAUUCAUGCUGUGGCCAAUCCCGAUGGUUAUGAAUACUCUCACACUACCGAUCGUUUGUGGCGUAAGAAUAUGAGAUCACAUGGUCGUGCCUGUCCUGGUGUUGAUUUGAAUCGUAAUUUCGGCUAUAAAUGGGGUGGUAAAGGCACUUCAGCUAAUCCUUGUGCCCAGACCUAUAGAGGCAGCAAAGCUUUCUCGGAACCUGAGACAUUCUAUAUUUCCAAAUUCAUUAGUAAUUUCCCCAGAGAUACCUUCAAGGCUUAUCUAUCAUUCCACAGUUAUGGUCAAUAUAUUUUAUAUCCUUGGGGUUAUGAUUAUCAUGUUACCAAAGAUAUGGCCGAUUUGGAUUUGGUGGCCAGACAAGCGGGAACGAUCAUUACCAAGAGUACUGGUGCUAAAUAUACUGUAGGUUCCUCGGCUAAUACCUUAUAUCCAGCUGCUGGUGGUUCGGAUGAUUGGGCCAAGGGUAUUGCUGGCAUUAAAUACGCUUACACCAUUGAAAUGGGUGAUAGCGGUCGUUAUGGUUUUGUUUUACCUGCCGAAUACAUUGAACCCAAUGGCAAAAAUGGUUUAACCUUUGUCGAGACCGUAGCCAAGGCCAUUACCAUGGGCAAAAAUGGUCGUAGACGCAAAUUGAAGGCUCACAAAACCCACUAAGACAUAAUUAAUGAAAUGCUAGAGUAACUUAAGUGCCAGGAUUUAUACAAAGUAUAAAUCUUAUUUUAGCGAAAAAACCAUUUUAGUGAUAAGUUUAAUUUAUUUAUUACAAAAUUUAGUUAAAUUAAUUUAUUUAUUUAUUGAAACGAAACAGAAAAAACAAAAACAAGAGAAUAUAUUUAUUUAUUAUUAAAUUAAAUUAUUUAUUUAUUAUAAAAUUAAAUUAAAUUAUUUAUUUAUUUAUUGAAAUUAUUUAUUUCCCCCCAUAUAGUUUUUAAUGUA